AUGGAGAGUUUAAUACUGUUUCGUCGACCUCGAAAAAUUUCCAGGUCAAAAUUAUCAGAAUAUGAUAAUUAUGUUUACAAACCUAGAAAAUCCACGACUUCAACCAAUAAAGCAAACUCGUAUUUAGAUCGUCAUUUACCUAUUCUAAAAAGUGUUGCAUUUUCUUCAUCUGGAGUGCGAUUGAAUAUUAUGAAUGAACAUAAAAAUAAGAGACAUGCUGUUGAUAAAUAUCUUGUAAACAAUGCAUUUGGCUGUCUUUCUAUAAAAGGCAGUAUGUCAAGUAAAAAGUUUGAUGAAAGAGAAAAAACUGCUGGUACUAACGAUAACAAUGUUCAAUAUCAAUAUCCAAUGGAAAUUACCAAACGUUCACCCACAAAGAAAACACAUAAUUUACAACAAUUAAAACCCACUUUUAUCACAGGGUCAUUUUCAGGCAAACAUUUCGAUGAUAUUUUACAAACUCUACCUAAACCCAUAAAACGAACACCUUUGUAUCAUGGCUUAAUAUUGAUAGCUCGUGAAUUAAGAAAUGUUUUAACUAGAACUAUCGAUACGGAUAUUAUAUGUUCAAUAGAAAGACUGCCAAGAGAUUUUCAACAGUCAACAGCUAAGCAUCAAGUGAAUUAUGCAAUUAAUAUAAAAGAGAAAAUUAAUCACAAUGAGAUGAUUUGGUAUGAUUUCUCCGAAGAUAGCAUAAUGAGAUUAUCAAGAUUUCCAAAGAAUUUCAAAUCUAACAAAUGUCAUGAAACAACAUGUAUAAGACCAGAACAAGUUAAAUUAUUAGAUUCAUACAAUUCAGGAGGUAAUUCAGUUUCUCUGGAAGCCUGUCAGUUGAAGUAUCUACCAGAUUUAUCUGCAUUUUAUAUGACACUACGAUCUCUCAAUCUUUCUGGAAAUUAUUUAGAGGAUUUACCAAGUGAUUUCUGCUUAUUAAAUAAUUUGGAAUUUUUAUCAUUACGUUUCAAUCCUCUGCGUAAAGUGCCUGAAUCAAUGGUCAAAUUAAAAAAAUUAAAAUCAUUGGAUUUAUCUUAUUGUUUAAUUGAAAAUUUAACUUUUCAAUUUUUCGAUCUGAAAUCCCUGGAACAAUUAGAUUUAUCCCACAAUCGUCUUGCAUAUCUUGAUAGUCGGAUAGAAAAAUUAGAGCAUUUAAAAGUUUUGAAACUUAAUGGAAAUGAUUUAAUUGGUAUUCCUCCUGGUCUUCUAUGUUUAUGUGAAAAAACUUUAGAAAGUUUGGACUUAAAUAAUAAUCCAAUGUUAUGGUUAUUUCCAGAAGAGAUUAAAAAUAACUCUUCUGUUGAUAUUCAAUCUUUAAAAGUAUUAACUAGUUUAAAAAUGAGAGAUAUACUCCAUAAAACCAGCAGAAAAAACCAAGAAACUUUCAGCCAAAAACCAGAACAGUACAUAAUAAUUACUAGCACAGAGGAAGACAAUCCAAAUUUCUUUGAGUUUAGGAAAGUUGAUGAUGAAGAAGAACCUACAUUGUUAAGUAAAUUGUUGACUCCCAUCGGUUCAUGUUGUUGGUGUCGCCUGGAUAGAUAUGAUCAAAAGAAUACAAUCUGUAUGCAUUGUGUUGAUGUAUUCAAUUAUUCAAGCGUUCCAAUAUGUAUGUUAUGCUGUAGAAUUCAAUGUUUAAGGGAAGUUAGACAAUGUAGUACACCAGAACAAUUUGCAAAACGAUAUUAUAAAAGUUGUCAGAACUAUACCAAUAAAUAG